AUGUCCUUCUUGCCUGCUUACUGUCGGUUGUCAAGCCUAUAUGAAAAGCAUGGAUUUCAACGGUUCAGUGCCAUCCCACUUCGCUGCUCCCUCAUCCAAAGCCAUAUUCGCAUCGACACGGUCAUUCUCUACGCCCACAUCCUCUGCAUCACCCGCCAAGGAGCAGAAGCUGUAGAGAAGGUCGAUUUAUGGUUGCGUGUCUGUAAUCUGCGGAACAAGGCUUUUAGAUCUCGCCGCGGUAUGCAGUUUGAAGGCUCGAUCACAACGGAUGGAACCUCAGUGUCUGUAUACCUAAAGCACCCAGAAGCAGACAAGUAUGGAAAGCGCGGAGCGAGAAAGUCAGCAAAGAGUUUAGAGGACGAAGUUAAAGUGCAAUACAUGGAGAAAAACUUACCUGCUUGUCGAGCAGCAGAGAAUGUCGUUGUUAUCGACCCAAACAAGCGCAAUAUUCUCUACUGCCAAGACAACAGUGGUGUGACAUUUCGCUACACCGCCAACCAGCGAGCCAUGGAGACUGGAAGCCAUCGAUUUGCAAAAGAACGGCAGCAGAUGAAGAAGGAAGCGGGAAUUGACCUCAUAGAAUCAUAUAUCCCUAGUCACAAGACAAUGAACCUCAUGGACUUCAUGCGCUAUCUCCUCGUUUGCCAUCAUGCAGAUUCGGAUUGUCGCAAGGAAUUCUACUCCCACCCUGCCCACACGCGAUGGAAAUGGCACUCCUUCAUCAAUCAGCAGCAAAGUGAAUCAAACCUCAUAUCCAACUUGUGCAACAAAUACGGUGAAAACUUUACCAUUGUGAUGGGUGAUUGGAGCGAUGCCGGUCGAACUGCAAGAUUUCAGACCUCAUCAAAGACAAAAGGUUGGCGCACCCUCUUUAAGCGCAACAGGAUCAACUGCUUCCUUCUUGACGAGUAUAAAACCUCAUCUGUCUGCCCUCACUGUUCCUCUGGCAUUGAAAAAGGCUUCAAAACACGACCUCAUUCAAGACCUUGGCGCCGUCGCGAAGGCAAGAUUGAAAAAGUCCAUGGAUUGCUGGGUUGUACCAACCCUAACUGUCAGCAAGCCUGGACGAUGCGCUACUGGAAUCGAGAUACACUGAGCACCUGCAACAUGCUGAUGAUCGUGCAAUCAAUGUUGGAUGGACAUGGUAGAUCAGAAGUGUUCAGCCUGUUCCAGCCGUAG